AUGGGAUGGCUUUGGUUGUUGCUGCUUUACAUCCACAUGCUACCACCCGCAUUUGCUGGAGGCACCACCCGAGUCUAUUACCUGGGGAUCUGCGAGGUGGACUGGGACUAUGCCCCAACAGGGAAGAACGUGCUCGCCAAUCAAAGCAUCGCGCAUAGCCCCAAGGCCUCCACAUUCCUCCAGCCUGGCAAAGACAGAGUGGGAAGCACGUACAAGAAAUCUGUCUAUAAGCAAUACACAGACUCCACGUACACGGCUGAGAUUCCCAAACCUGGCUGGCUGGGGUUCCUUGGGCCCGUCAUCCGAGCAGAAGUGGGGGAUACCAUUAAAGUACACCUAAAAAAUUUUGCUAGUCGACCAUAUACAAUUCAUCCUCAUGGUGUUUUCUACGAAAAGGACUCUGAAGGAUCCCUGUAUCCUGAUAUGUCCCCCCAGAAUCAGAAGAAGGAUGAUGCUGUUUUCCCAGGAGGAAAUUACACCUAUACUUGGACUGUCCCUGAAGAUCACAGCCCAACUGCUGAUGAUCCAAACUGCUUGACCUGGAUCUACCACUCUCAUAUUGAUGCACCGAAGGACAUUGCCUCUGGAUUAAUUGGGCCAUUACUUACAUGCAGAAAAGGAACGCUCACUGGCAGCUCUCAAAGACGCCAGGAUGUGGACAUUGAUUUCUUUCUAAUGUUCAGUGUGGUGGAUGAGAACCUCAGCUGGUACCUAGAUGAGAACAUAGCAUCAUUCUGCACAGAUCCAGGCUCAGUAGACAAAGAAAGUGAGGAAUUCCAAGAGAGCAACAAAAUGCACGCUAUUAAUGGUUAUGUGUUCGGGAACCUCCCUGAGGUGACAAUGUGUGCUGGGGAUCACGUUUCAUGGCACCUCUUUGGGAUGGGCAAUGAAAUUGAUGUUCAUACAGCCUACUUCCAUGGAGAAAUGCUAAAUAUUCGAGGCCAUAGGACAGAUGUGGCCAGCCUCUUCCCAGCCACUUUUGUUACAGCAGACAUGAUCCCUAGUAACCCCGGGAGAUGGCUUCUGAGCUGUCAGAUCAAUGAUCACAUACAAGCUGGGAUGGGGGCACUCUACGAAGUCCGGACCUGCUCUCGGCAAGCUCCAGCAUCCACCCUGCAAGGAAGAGUUCGGAAGUACUACAUAGCUGCAAAGGAGGUGCAGUGGGACUACGGACCCUCAGGGCUUGACCAAAGCAGUGGGAAACAGCUGAGUGAGGCAGGCAGCCCUGCUGAGCAGUUUUUCAAGCAUAGCCCCUAUAGAAUUGGGGGAGUCUAUUGGAAAGCAAAGUAUGUGGAAUAUACGGACGAGAGCUUCCGUGAGGAAAAACAGCAAUCAGAAGAAGAAAAACACCUUGGGAUACUUGGUCCAGUGAUCAAAGCUGAAGUUGGAGACACCAUCCUGGUGACAUUUUUUAACAAAGCCUCCUGGCCUUUCAGCAUCCAGCCUCACGGAGUGUCCUAUGGGAAGGCGUGGGAAGGGAUGCGCUACCAUGAUGGUCUGUCCCAGAACGGAGUUUCUGUCGCACCACUGCACAACUUUACGUACCGCUGGGCUGUGCCAACGCAUGCUGGUCCCAUGCCCAGUGACCCUCCCUGCCUCACCUGGAUGUACAGCUCGGCUGCCAACCCUGUCAGAGACCCCAGCUCAGGCUUGGUAGGGCCUCUGGUCAUCUGCAAACCGGGCACUUUGGAUGACAACAACAAACAGAAAGGGAUGGACAAAGAAUUUUACCUUCUCUUCAGCGUGUUUGAUGAGAACCUCAGCUGGUAUUUAAAUGCAAACAUAAAGUACUAUUUGAGGAUGGAAGAGACUUCUAUGAGGAAGGACGAUGGCUUUGAAGAGUCAAACAAGAUGCACGCCAUCAAUGGAUUUAUGUUUGGUAACUUGCCUGGGCUGAGUAUGUGUGAAGGAGACAACGUGUCCUGGCACCUCCUGGGCUUGGGCAGUGAAGCAGAUGUACACGGAGCUGUGUUUCAGGGAAACACCCUGCAGAUGAAUGGGAUGCGGAGAGAUUCAACCAAUCUGUUCCCUCACACGUUUGCCACAGCCUUCAUGCAACCUGAUAACGAGGGGACUUUCGAGAUCUACUGCCAGACGAGCAAUCACUACCAGGCUGGGAUGAGGGAACGCUACUCCGUUUCCAAGUGUGGAAAAAGAGAUCCUGCCCCUCAGUACCAGGGGGUGCGGACGUAUUACGUGAUGGCAGAGGAGGUGGUGUGGGACUACGCGCCUGACCGGAGCUGGGAGAGGGAGCGGCACAACCAUUCCACAGAGAGCUACGCCAAUGUAUUUUUGAGCAACGAGAAUGGACUGCUGGGGUCCAGGUACAAGAAAGCAGUUUACAGGGAGUACACCGAUGGGACUUUCCAGACCCCCAAGGCCAGGAUAAACGGUGAUGAGCACCUGGGAAUACUAGGUCCUUUUCUGUGGGCAGAAGUGGGGGAUAUUCUGAACAUCGUGUUUAAGAACAAUGCCACGCGACCUUACUCCAUUCAUGCACACGGGGUGCUGGAGAAGGGGGCAGGACAGCCGCAAGUGGCAAACCCUGGUGACAUUGUGACGUACCGAUGGGAAGUUCCUGAGAGGUCUGGUCCAGGAUCAAAUGAUUCAGCCUGUGUCCCUUGGAUCUACUACUCUGUGGUGGACCCAGUAAAGGACAUGUACAGCGGCCUGAUUGGACCCCUGAAGAUCUGCCGGAGAGGGGCACUGCAGCCUGAUGGGAUCAGGAGGGAUGUAAAGAGAGAGUUUGCUCUGCUCUUCCUGGUUUUUGAUGAAAAUCAGUCCUGGUACUUGGAGGAGAAUGUGGAGCGUUACAGUAAGGGAAAUUCCAAGGAGAUCAACCUGCUGGAUCACAGUUUUGUGGAAAGCAACAAAAUGCAUGCAAUCAACGGGAGGCUCUAUGCGAACGUGCCUGGCCUGACCAUGUUCCAGGGAGAGUGGGUGAACUGGUACCUACUGGGAAUGGGUCAGGAGAUCGAUAUCCACACAGUCCAUUUUCAUGCUGAGACCUUCAUAUACAAGAAUGGCAAAAGCUACAGAGCAGAUGUUGUGGAUCUGUUCCCUGGGACCUUUGAAAUGGUGGAGAUGUUGGUUGGGAACCCUGGGACGUGGCUGCUUCACUGCCACGUGUCUGAUCAUAUUCACGCUGGCAUGGAGAUAGUCUUCACAGUCUUGCCCAGACCAGGUGGGGAGCUUCUAAUUGUGUUUGCAUUGCCUGGGUUGCCACCUGAGGAUGCAGACGAGUCCCAGAAGAUCACGCUUUUUGGAGCUAAGUUGGCUCAAGGGCAGAUAGAGGCCACAGUCAUCGCUCUAACUGUUGUAGGAAUUGUAUUCUUCCUGGUCGUCUGCUUCCUCGUGGGAGUGAUCAUCUAUCUGGAGAGACAGAAGAGGUUACGACGCAAUCGGAGGUCCAUCCUGGAUGAUGGAUUCAAACUCAUGUCUAAAAAGAAUGCGGCGCUAUAA